AUGAAGGUCUUCUCCUCGACGUGCACCUUCGAUUAUUCUUGGGACGAGGUUUCGACGGCGAACUGGCGGAAAUAUUGCCCUUGGAAUGACAAGUCGACCCAUGUUGUGGCGGUAGACACAAUAUCUCGGACGGUAGAUCCGAAGACUGGCAUUUUGCGUACGGAACGCCUCAUCACAUGUGAUCAAUCAGUACCGCAAUGGGUUCUCUCACUGUUCGGGGGAAGCGCUACGUCUCAUGUGUACGAAAUCUCAUACGUUGAUCCUCGCGCAAAGAAGGUCACUAUGUGCUCAACGAAUCUCACGUGGUCUAAUGUCUUGAACGUGAGAGAAACGGUUAUUUACCAGCCUUCGUCAUCAAAACCAGAGUCGAUCACGGAUUUCAGUCAAGAAGCCAAAAUCACUGCUCUUUGCGGCGGCUGGCAGAAAAUCAAGAACAAGGUAGAGGAGGCGAGUAUUGAGAGAUUCAGCCAAAAUGCCAAGAGAGGCAGAGAGGGUUUCGAAACUGUUCUUGAAAUGAGCCGAAGGGUUUUCGGUGAGCAACGUGAGUUCGAGAACAACAAAUUACAGUCCUGA